GAUGGAGAGAGGAGGGUGGGUCAUGAAGAUAUACAAUAAAAAGAGACAAAAUCUGUCAGCAAACAGGUCGAAAUUGUUGAGUCAACUUGAAGAGCGACCAGAGCAGCAACCAUGUCUUUUGAAGAAUUCAGCAAGGAAGAGAAGAAAAUUGUACAUGACAUCGGCAAUUUGCUCCACGAAAAUGCAAAAGAUUAUGGUGCAGAAUCUUUGUCCAGGCUGUUUAUGAUUUAUCCUGGAAGCAAGACUUACUUUACCUACAAGGACUUUAGCAUUUCAAACCUGAAAACCCAUGGGGAAAAGGUCAUGAAUGCAUUGGCCAAAGCAGCAAAAGACGUGGAUAAUCUGAAGACGUCACUCUGCGAACUUGCUGAAUUCCAUGGGAAAAAGCUUUUGGUGGACCCUCAAAACUUCCUGGUUUUCUCCAAAUGUAUCCAAAUGACAUUGGCCAAUCACCUGGCCAGUUUCUCUUCUGCACACCAACUUGCUGUGGACAAAUUCCUCAAGGCCGUUUACGAGCAUCUGAGCUCUAGGUACCCACAGCUUUUUUGUGUAAGGGAAAGCAGUGACCUCUCAACAGACAAAAUGGUGCACUGGACUGACGCGGAGAGAAACGAAAUCGAAGGCCAAUGGAAGAAACUGGACAAGGUUACAAUUGUUCAUGAAAGCCUGGACAGGAUGUUCCAUGUCUUUCCUUGGACCAAACGUUAUUUCGAUAAACGGCCAAACUUUGUAGUUCAUGAACAUGCGAAAACAGUGUCAGAUGCUCUGACUACAGCUGUCAACCAUAUGGAUAAAGUUAAGGAGCAGUUUGCAGAACUCAGCAAGAAGCAUGCUGACGUUCUACACAUUGAUUCUGGAAGCUUCCAUUUGCUGACUGACUGCAUUCUCAUCUCAAUGGCCUGUCACAAAAAGACAGGCUUCAGUCCUGAGGUCCAAUGCACUUGGGAGAAAUUUUUUAAUGUGGUGGUUGAUGCCAUUUCGAAGCAGUACCAUUAAAUCCGCAAUGAAAGAAACCUUUCAUCUUCCAUCAAGAAAUGCAAUUCAUCAUUAUCAAAAGCUCUCAGCUCUUAAGGAAUUGUCUCACAGCUUAUGCUAAAAUAAAGCUGAUGAAUUUUUGAAAAUAAUGCUCCUUUCUGUAUCCUAAUUCUAAUGUAAUUUCUGAAACUAUCUCCAUGCGUUUUCCUCCCAUUGCUUAGAAAUCCAAUAAAGAAUCAAUAUUA